CCAGCGACCCGCGCGAAUCAAUGAGAUCAAACGCGAGGGAGAUGCACCGUCAAUUACAAGCACUUGGACAAGUCUAACUUUUUUUUUUCUUUUACAAAUACGCUUUCAAAAGCAACCUUAGCAACGCCCAAAUGAGAAGCCACCUUUAAGCAAAACAGUAUAUGUAUAAAGGGAGGGCAAGUAUAUAUAUUUAUAAUAAGCAUAUAUAUGCAUAUUACAGACGCACAGGUUUACACCCAGUGAACUUUUUCUUUCUUUCUUUUUUUUUUUAAUAACUAGUGAUAUUGCAGAGAAGGAGUCUUCCUCUCUAUCUUUUGGCGCGUUACUGAAGGGGGUAUUCUAUUUUCUUAAAAGCGCCCAAGGGGGCGCAGGGACCUCGGAGAGAAGAGUGGGGAGGAAAAAGGAAGGGUGGGUGGGGGGCAGAGGGUGAGUCGGCAGCGAGGGCAAGAGCUUUCUUGCGGCACGAUGCCGUCCCUGCUGGUGCUGGCUUUCUCCGCGUGCGUCUUGCUCCGCUGGGCGUUGCUGGCCGGUGGCACGGGUGGCAGUGGAAGUGGAGGCGGCGGCAGGGGCGCGGGCCCAGGCGGCGGGCGCCGGGAAAGAGAGGUGCUGCCGGCGCAGAAGAUCGAGGUGCUGGUGCUGUUGCCCCAGGAUGACUCGUACUUGUUCUCUCUGGCCCGGGUGCGGCCAGCCAUCGAGUACGCUCUACGCAGCGUGGAGGGCAACGGGACUGGGAGGCGGCUUCUGCCGCCUGGCACUCACUUCCAGGUAGCCUACGAGGACUCGGACUGCGGCAACCGCGCGCUCUUCAGCUUGGUGGACCGCGUGGCGGCGGCACGGGGCGCCAAGCCGGACCUCAUCCUGGGGCCGGUAUGCGAGUACGCGGCAGCGCCUGUGGCCCGACUUGCGUCGCACUGGAACCUGCCCAUGCUGUCGGCCGGGGCACUGGCCGCGGGCUUCCAGCGCAAGGACACUGAGUACUCGCAUCUCACCCGCGUGGCGCCCGCCUACUCCAAGAUGGGCGAGAUGAUGCUCGCUCUGUUCCGCCACCACCACUGGAGCCGCGCUGCGCUGGUCUACAGCGAUGAUAAGCUGGAGCGUAACUGCUACUUCACACUCGAGGGGGUCCACGAGGUCUUCCAGGAGGAGGGUUUGUACACGUCCGCCUACAAUUUUGACGAAACUAAAGACUUGGAUCUGGACGACGUCGUGCGCUAUAUCCAGGCCAGUGAGCGAGUGGUCGUCAUGUGUGCGAGCAGCGACACCAUCCGGAGCAUCAUGCUGGCGGCGCACCGGCACGGCAUGACCAGCGGGGACUACGCCUUCUUCAACAUCGAGCUCUUCAACAGCUCCUCCUACGGAGAUGGCUCGUGGAAGAGAGGAGACAAACAUGACUUUGAAGCUAAGCAAGCGUACUCGUCCCUUCAAACAGUCACCUUACUGAGGACAGUGAAACCUGAGUUUGAGAAGUUUUCCAUGGAAGUGAAAAAUUCUGUUGAGAAACAAGGACUCAAUGAGGAAGAUUACGUGAAUAUGUUUGUUGAAGGAUUCCAUGAUGCCAUCCUCCUCUACGUCCUGGCCCUCCAUGAAGUACUCAGAGCUGGUUACAGCAAGAAGGAUGGAGGCAAAAUUAUCCAGCAGACCUGGAACAGAACCUUUGAAGGUAUUGCUGGACAGGUGUCCAUAGACGCCAAUGGAGACCGGUACGGGGAUUUCUCCGUGAUCGCCAUGACCGACACUGAAGCGGGCACCCAGGAGGUUAUUGGUGAUUACUUUGGAAAAGAAGGUCGUUUUGAAAUGCGGCCAAAUGUCAAAUAUCCUUGGGGCCCUUUAAAACUGAGAAUUGAUGAAACCAGAGUCGUGGAGCACACCAACAGCUCUCCUUGCAAAUCAUCAGGUGGUCUAGAAGAAUCAGCAGUGACAGGGAUUGUCGUGGGGGCCUUGCUCGGAGCUGGUUUGCUGAUGGCUUUCUACUUUUUCAGGAAGAAAUACAGAAUAACCAUUGAGAGGCGAAACCAGCAAGAAGAAAGUAAUGUUGGAAAACACCGGGAGCUACGGGAAGGUUCCAUCAGAUCUCAUUUUUCGGUGGCCUAAAGGAAGCCCCCUUUUUUCUGCCUGAGAUUCUUUAAGGAGAUGAAUGGGAUGAAAGACAUCCUCAUCCAUAAAACAGAAGGGGCGUUCUUGAAUAAUUCAUUCUUUUAAGCAGUCAUUUCAUUUUAAAAUUUCUUUAGCAGCUCAGGAACUAUUAUUAAUCACCAUCUGCCUCCUGGCCUUUCAUCUCAUGAGAAACAAAUAUAAGGAUAUAACAUCACUCUGUUAAAUGUCCUACUGUUUCGAGAGCAUAGGAUUAGAUUUAUAUUUUAAAAUCUGAUGUUUCCAUAUCUUGAUGGCUUUUGGGGACUGUUCACACAAGGAUAUAAAAAUGUGGUUUUCUUCAAUGAAAUGUUUUAUAGCUAGAAUAAAAUCAUUUUUACAAGUAGAAUAUUCUUGGAAAGAAUUGAACACCCAGUAAGAGGAAAAUGUAAUGGAAAAUCUCAAGGUUGGAAAUGCAGCAUUACUCUCUCGAGAGCUGGGGGACAGAUUGGUGGCGGAGAGUCGCUCUGUCCAAUGUCUACAUUCAGGUUCUAAUUUCAUAGCAUAAAAAAGAAUUUCUUCCCUGUCUCUUUCAAAGUCUCAUAAAAGCCACUCUGGAAGCUGUAAAUAUUAGUGAGAUAGGAGGAUUUACAAAUGUAAAAAAAAAAAAAGCCCUAUUUCACAUUAACAUUUUAAGUAUCUUAAUCUUGUAUUUUGGUAUUAGGAAAUGUGUCUAUUUUUUCAUUUUGAAGAUUAAAUUUCACUUAUAUUUUAAAAGCAUGGGUCAAGUGUACAAGAAACCAAUAAUGAUGAAGGAUGCUUCUCUUCCUCUCUGUUUCCCUUUUCCCCAAGGCCAAAGCCAAAUCCUGAUUGCUGCUUUACCUACAGAGAUCUGGAAAUGUAUUCAGGCCACAAACUCUUCAGGAACACCUGAGUUUGUAACUGUUUUGCAUUUUAAUUGUUUUAAAUGGCAAGUUUUUUUUUAGGGCAAUACCCUUUUCAGUUCUGACCAAAUGAUGAAUUUCAAGAUGAAGAGUGAAAACUUAUUAGAACCAAGCAGAAUUUUAUAAAGGGAGAUAUCUCCUUUUCCUCAAGAACAUUUUUAUUGGGAGUUAGAACUUGAUAUUAAGCAGAGACAUGCUAAGUUAAAAAACCGUAAACAUUGGGUGGUGCCUGUGGCUCAAGGAGUAGGGCGCUGGUCCCAUAUG